AUGUUUCCGUGCUCAGGAGCCCCCUUGGAGCUGCUGGCCGGAGCCCAGGUCCGGGUGGAGGGCUCGGUGAGGCGGCUCCCGGAGGAGGAAUCCGAGCGCUACUUCAGCUCCCGGCCCCGGAGCAGCCAGAUCGGGGCCGUGGUGAGCAGGCAGAGCUCCGUCAUCCCCGACCGAGAGGACCUGAGGAAGAGGAACGCGGAGCUGGAGGAGAAAUUCCGGGACAAGGCAGUGCCCAAACCGCAGUACUGGGGUGGGUACGUCCUGGAGCCGGAGGUGGUGGAGUUCUGGCAGGGCCAGACCAACCGGCUGCACGACCGGAUCGUGUUCCGGAGGCUCCGGGACCGCUCGGCCCCGCUCGGGUCCAUGACCCACCGUGGGCACGGGGACUGGGUCUACGAGCGCCUCUCCCCCUGAGGAUCCCGCUCAUCCUCCUGGAAUGCCCCCUGUGCCAGAGCCA